AUGUUCUCCGGACUUCGUCUCGCCUCUACGUUCUUGCUUGUCCUCGCGUUGGGACUCACUAGCGAUGCGCUCGUCGUGCGGGACAGCUCCCGUAUCACGCUCCCCAUCGCUCGUAGGCUGAACAUCACGGGCGCAGCAAACCUCGUCAAGCUCGACCAGGCGCGCGCCAAGGCGCUCAAAUCGCGUCCGCAGGCGCACACGGGCAAUUCCCCUCGCGCGACAAUCUUCGACGCGCCGGUGACGAACCAGGCCGUCGACUACGUUGCAACCGUUGGGGUUGGAAGCCCACCAACCACAUACUCGUUGUUGAUCGAUACCGGGAGCUCAAACACCUGGGUUGGUGCGGGUAAGGCCUAUGUCCGCACGGAGACAUCCCAGGCUACCGCCAAUUUGCUUGAGGUUACAUACGGCUCUGGAUUUGUCUUCGGUAAGCAAGGCGAGGCGUUUUCGGAUACCGUCACGGUCGCUGAUGGACUUGCCAUUGAAAACCAAGUCAUUGGUUCUGCUCUUACAAGCCAGGGCUUUGACGGGGUAGACGGAAUCAUAGGCAUCGGCCCGGUGGACUUGACAUGCGGGACACUAUUCCCUGCAGUCACCGAGUGCAUCCCCACCGUCACGGACAACGCGUUCAGUCAGGGCUUGAUCGGCGCGCACGAGAUUGGCAUCGCCUUCGCGCCCACGCAGUCGCUGGAAUCGACGAACGGCGAGCUGACCUUCGGCGGCAUCGACGACACCAAGUUCACGGGCCCGCUGUCAUUCGUGCCAAUCACGUCCGCGUCGCCCGCAAACACGUUCGUGGGGAUCGACCAAACGGUGACAUAUGGGGCGGCUGGCACUACCGUUCUCGCGGCAACCUCCGGCAUCACGGACACCGGCACUACUCUCCUGCUUCUUGCUAGCGAUGCCUUUGCAACGUACCAGAACCUCACCGGGGGUGUCCCGGAUGCCGCUACUGGUCUACUCAGCAUCACCCCAGACCAGUUCGCGAACCUCGAGAGCUUGUUCUUCCAUAUCGGAAACAUGACUCUCGAGUUCACCCCCAACGCACAGAUCUGGCCCCGCGCGCUCAACACCGCCAUCGGGGGCCAGCCUGACUCAGUCUACCUCAUCGUGAACGACCUGGGCAGCAUCAGUGGCGAGGGCCUGGACUUCAUCGACGGGAUGACGUUCCUCGAGCGCUUCUACUACGUCUUCGACAUCGCCAACAGCCGCGUCGGCUUCGCGACGACGGAGUUCACCGACGCGACGACGAACUAA